GACUAGGGUUCAAAUGAUACAAUGUACAUGGCACACAGCACCCCUAUUACAUGCAACAGCGCCUUCAGUGCGAACUCAGCAGUGUGUGCCUAAAGAUGUAUUAUUUGUUAAGCCAGCAAAAUCAAAUUUCCAGGCGAGCUGUCAAAUAGACGGAAAUUCAUCUCGAGGUCAGCUUGUUAUUUUGACAAGGGUUCUCUUGCGAGGUCAUUGUACAUAACAUGGGUGGGGCGGCCAUGGAAUUGGCAGAAUUUCCGUUGCACUGCAGAGGUGUGAAUAUGUACAUGUAUUAUCAGAUCACGUGAUAAAUUGUGUAAUUCUGCACCGAAAAGUUUGAAAGGGAGUGCAUUCGAUCGUAUAGAAGCUCCUUGUGCGGGUACAUGUUGCUCUCUAGAUGUAUUUCAUGCUCGUCCUUUAGGACGGCAACACUUCACUGAUCGUGUGCGUUGUCCCGUCAGACAAGUAGAUACCAGCAUGCUGAGCUCAGGAGGCGGCUUGCAGGUGCCCAAGCCCCAGUUUCCCUCCCUCAACUCCCCCCAGCGUGCCGCCGGCGGCGGCGGCGGUAAUGCCUCCUCCAAUGGCACCCGGAAGGUGGCCCUGGCCCCGGGCCACUCCCUGAUGGACUGGAUCCGGCUGGGGCAAAGGGAGGGCCGCAAGCUGAACGGGGUGGGUGGGCAGGUCAGGCACGUCAGCGUGGACGAGCUGGCCCGGCACAACAAAGUGGACGACGCCUGGAUGAGCAUCAGAGGCAAGGUGUACAACGUCACGCCUUACAUGAGCUUCCAUCCCGGGGGAGAAGACGAGAUGAUGCGAGGGGUCGGUGGAGACGGAACGAGCUUGUUCGACGAUGUUCACCAGUGGGUGAAUGUGGAGUCCAUGCUGGAGAAAUGCUACGUUGGUCCCCUGAAAAAGAGCAUUGACCUCAGCAAGCCAAGCAGCAAAGGUGUUAUAAAGAGAAUGGGGGAAUUGAGGGCCCCGUCGGCGUCAACACUUGCACCCCCAGCUCCAGUCAAUACAGGAACUCAACCCGCCUCUGUAGAUUUGGAACCUCUUGAUAGCCAGAAGCCUAAGGCAAGGUAUGACUGGUACCAGAAUAGUGGAAAGAUAACCGUCACAAUUUAUGCAAAAUGCAAGUGUGUGUCCACAGAGCAUUUGGUGAUUGACAGGGAGCAUCGUGACCUGCGGGUGACCCUGUUCCUAGACGAUCAUGUCUACACGGUGCAUGUCGAUUUGUUCGAGGAUGUGACAAGUAACUACGAAGGUAUCAGAGUGAUUGCUGGUCCUAUUCACCGGGUCAUCUUUGUUGUCAACAAGAAAAAUCCAGAGGUCAAGUGGGCUUCCCUGGGAAAAGCUCUCGAGGGAAACAACUCCUUAGUCCCAAGAAUUGACAAAGAGCCAGUGUUUCGACGUUGUAAGGUUGUUAGCUGUCAACCUUUGACUCAUGACAUCAAGCUUUUUGGUCUUGAGUUGCCCGCGGGUUGUCGGAUGUGUCUGCCUAUGGGUUAUCACGUCCACCUCCGAGUCCGUGCUGAUGGUAAUGAGCUCAGCCGUCCUUAUACAGCCAUAACACCAUCCGUGCUUGCAUAUAGCCAGCCGUCACUUGAGGCAACAGGCCGGGUCAUCCAUCUCAUGAUCAAGAUCUACCCCAGCGGCCAACUGACACAGUGCCUGGCGCGACUCGUGGUUGGCGACACCGUCGAUGUCAGUGACUACGAAGGGAGCUUCGUGGACUCCCGCCUCCACCAGGCCGACCGUCUGACCCUGGUGGCGGCUGGCACGGGGUUCACCCCGAUGGUGAAGCUGCUUCAGUGGAGUCUGGGAGAGCAGCGGCAGAGACCCAAACGCGUCAAGCUAAUUUUCUUCAACAAGACGGAGGCGGACAUACCCUGGAGGGAUGACCUGGCCAAACUUGCCGAGACCAGGCGGCGCAGCCUCGAGGUGGUUCACGUCCUGUCGGAGCCCGACCAGGGAUGGGCGGGGCCCAAGGGGCGGAUCCGGGAGGAGCUGGUGGAGGAUUUGUUCUGGCGGCCCGCCCGGCACCCCAACGAGAGAUUCCUGACCUGUAUAUGUGGCCCCACGCCCUUCACCCAACUUGCCUUCAAGUUGUCCAAGGCCCAUGGGUACACAGACGAGAUGAUCCAUGUCUUCGCUGCCUGACGAGGUCUUAUCCAUCAUAGCUUGUCCCAGCCUCAGCCUGUGAUAACCCCCGGGUCUAGCCCUCGGUCAGUAGUAGUGACGGUCCGUUGAGGGCUGCAGGUAAAUCCUCCAGAUAGUUUGCAUCCCCCAAGAAUGGGCGGGGGAAGGAAGGAGGGAGGGGGGGCCUACCCCAUGCAUACUCUGAUAGCUUAAAAACAUCACGCCCCUUGUGCAUUUUGCCAUGGAUCACGGAGCUUAUUAGCUGCAUGACUGUGGAUGUCCCGUGUACUUUGCCAAUUGUCGAGCCGUCGAUAAUUCUGCCCAAAUGGGGAUGAAGGCCCAAGUGAAGUUUUUAUACGUACGCAGACCCAUUUCAGACCCGUUUCCAUCAAUUGUUGAAAUAGCUUGUAUUGUGCCCUUAUUGUUGCCUUUGCAAAACUAAAGAACGAAAAUGGUCCGUCUGUUUAAAAAGAGACAAGUGAUGAGGGUUUAUGAAGCAAACCUUUUCAUUUUGUAGUUCUUAAAAACCAGUAUGAAGACACUGGAAGAGUUUGUAGUGACCAGAAAUGAGUGGCUGGAGAAAGUACAUGUAUUCCACUGUUUUACCUCUGGGAUUAUUAAAAGAAACAUUUCUAAAAUUUUAUCCUUUUCACUCCAAAACUCAGCUUAACCAAAGGGAGUGAAGAAUUGUUUAUAUUUUUUAUCACGAGUAUACAUGUAAUAUAUCAUGUAGUUAAUGCCUAGACCGAUUUUAAGUGUGUUGCACUAUCGUGAAAGAUGUGUUAUUUUAUGAAAACUGUUAAUGGUUGUAAUUUUGACUGAAAAGGUCUUGAGUUGAUGCUUGACAGUAGUCCUGUCCAGUCUGUGGUGGCGUACUUUUUAUCAGCACCGGCUUUUUUCUUUUCAAAUUGUCAUUUAAUAUUCGACAAUGUGAAGCAUCUUCGAAAUUCUGUCCAGGUGCUUUAUGAAUAUCCUCCUAUAAGGGCUCAGAAGAAUUUCCAGAGUGAGGCCCUGUCCAACUUAUGUGGCUACGGCUUGACAUCACACACGACCGUAUGGAGAGUGGCUGCAGCCAGAGCCAUACUCAUGCCUAAUUUCAAGCUGCACCCAAGUCAUUUGGACAUGUCGUAUAGAGUUGUCUUUAUUUCCCACGGUUUUAAUUUCUAUAGGCAUGGGCAUUGUCAGGAU